GGCGGGUGGGGUCCGCACUGGGCGCCGCGAGGCUCCUCCUCCUGACAUCAGAGCCGGCGGGUCGGGCGGAGCGGGCCGGGCGCGCGGGCCGCGGACUCGCCUCCAGCCGCCCAGGAGCCCUGGCGGAGGCCAAGGGGCCGUGGGCCAUGCCGGGGGCGGUGGACAGACCCACCUGGAAGCAGGCGGACAACAUUCGGGACAUUUAUGACUUCCGUGAUGUGCUGGGAACCGGGGCCUUCUCGGAGGUGAUCCUGGCCGAAGACAAGAGGACCCAGAAGCUGGUGGCCAUCAAGUGCAUCUCCAAGAAGGCGCUGGAGGGCAAGGAGGGCAGUAUGGAGAACGAGAUCGCCGUCCUGCACAAGAUCAAGCACCCGAACAUCGUGGCGCUGGAUGACAUCUACGAGAGUGCAGGUCACCUCUACCUCAUCAUGCAGCUCGUCUCUGGCGGGGAGCUGUUCGACCGGAUCGUGGAGAAGGGCUUCUACACGGAGCGCGACGCCAGCCGCCUCAUCUGCCAGGUGCUGGAUGCCGUCAAGUACCUCCACGACCUGGGCAUCGUCCACCGCGACCUCAAGCCCGAGAACCUGCUCUAUGACAGCCCGGAUGAGGACUCCAAGAUCAUGAUCUCCGACUUUGGCCUGUCCAAGAUGGAGGACGCCAGCAGCGUGCUGUCCACGGCCUGUGGGACCCCCGGCUACGUGGCCCCCGAGGUCCUGGCCCAGAAGCCCUACAGCAAGGCCGUGGAUUGCUGGUCCAUCGGCGUCAUCGCCUACAUCCUGCUCUGCGGCUACCCGCCCUUCUACGACGAGAACGACGCCAAGCUCUUCGAGCAGAUCCUGAAGGCCGAGUACGAGUUUGACUCUCCGUACUGGGACGACAUCUCGGACUCAGCCAAAGACUUCAUCCGGCACCUGAUGGAGAAGGAGCCCGAGAAGAGGUUCACCUGCGAGCAGGCCCUGCAGCACCCAUGGAUUGCGGGAGACACGGCGCUAGACAAGAACAUCCACCAGUCGGUGAGUGAGCAGAUCAAGAAGAACUUCGCCAAGAGCAAGUGGAAGCAAGCGUUCAAUGCCACGGCCGUGGUGCGGCACAUGCGGCGGCUGCAGCUGGGCGCCAGCCAGGAGGGGCCGGGCCCGACGCCGAGCCACGGGGAGCUGCUGCCGCGGGCCGCCGGCGGGCCCGUGGCCGCCUGCUGCUGCCGCGACUGCUGCGUGGGGCGGGGCCCCGAGCGCCCCCCGACCCUGCCCCCCCAGCUCUAGGCCAGGAAGAGCCUCCUGCUCCCCCCGCCCCCCGCCCUCACUGCAUU